AUGCGUCUCCUUUUGAGGUCUUUUUUUACUUUCUUUCUUUUAGUCCUGUCUAGGGGCUUGGGUGACGAUGAAGUUGAAACUGCUUUCUUUCUCUCUCUCUCCUUCGUCUCGGUGUGUCAGCAUUCUCCUUUGAGAUCUUUUCUUCCUUUCUUUUUUCCCCGUAAGUAUCUCUUUUUGAGAUCUUUUCUCGAUUUCUUUUCUUUUUCUAUAAGCGUCUGGUCUCGGGACUUGGCGGCAUUCCGCGUACGUCGUAGUUUACUUCCCAGAAUCCAAACAUUUCUUUCGCGUUCACCGCGCUUGCGUUCGGUCGUCCAUUCAAGGUUCGAAGAGGGACUUUUCUUUUUCUGUAUAACCAACCAAAACUUUUGCGUUCAUAGCAAACGCUUCCAUGUAUUCCAUUCGAAGAUGCAUUCUCUUUCUCGUAUUUUCGCAAACUCGUCCGUCCGGCCCGAAGGCCUGGACAAGACUAACUUUUUCGUUUCACUAUUCGCUUCUUUUCUUUUUUCUUGUCACGUGGUCAAUUUUCAAAUACGAAAUUUUUCCAUUCUGAACGAUAUUACUUUUUUUCUUUCAGAUGCGAUUGAUAAAAAUCACAAAUCCGAAUCAAUCAAUCCCGAACGGAGCUUAAAGCACCAUAAUAGCAAAAUGGAGAGACAUGAAAACAGAGCUCUGGGUACCCCAACUCCAGUUACGGAACCCCAUGAAACAGAAGCCGUUACUAGUAAACCUAUAUCUGUUACUCCUACAUCGUUGAUAAAGAUGGAACAAAGUCCAGCGCAACACGGAGCACCUCGCUUGAAUUCGUCGCUUGAUGGGUCACGAUCCGUUUCGAACACUGAAAAAUCGAUAUAUAAAUCAGAUACUGAGGUCCUGUCUAUCGUGCCCAAUUCCAGCUGUGUGGUAGAUGAUGUCCUUGGGAGUAAACUAGAAGUUGCAGACAAAACGGCUAAACAGGCAGUGGCUACAGUGUCUAAGAAAAGUCCCAACUGUUCGUUUAGAGCCCCUGCAGUACACGAAGCUGUACAUUCAAGGGAGGUAACUCCUCAACCGAGCAGGUCAGCAGACAGUACCAGUAUAAGCAGCUGCCAAUCUUUAUUGAAAGAUCAGAAUUUUGAAAAUCAGCUUCCUUUUUGCCGCUCAUUCUCGUCAUCUCUAUGCCAGGAUAUUCCAUUGUCGUUGUCGUUUAGUUCAGUUAGUCAUACUAGUAGCGUGGAUAGCGUUCUGUUAGCCACGCAGAGUUUGGAUCAAACAGGGACACCAUUACAGAACCAUCAGACAAGUAACGCCAGCUGUUCGGAGAAACCACAAUUCAUUGAAUUCUCAUUGGAGGAAAGAGCGUCAAGUUCGCUGUCUCUUCCAGCACGGUUCUCGCCGUCUUUGCAGUUCAGAGACUUUCCAGCUGGACAUUCAAUGCCUUCAACGAUUACCGGCGGCUCUUGUAAUUCUCCAUUUGAUGCAAACCAACAACCAGUAUCAGAAAACCAUAACCCAGAAAAUAAAUUUGGAGGUUCGCAACCAGCCCUACGCUGCCCGCUAAUCACCGGCCGUUCGCGCACUCUUAGACAUUCGACGCCGACUAUAUCACAUUCAGCAGAAAUGCAUGAAGCUGGCAACCCGAUUGUGCCAAGGACUUAUCCACCUGCGAAAAAUCUUCAUCAGACUGUGGAAAUAAAUGACGUUCUAGCAAGCAAUCAUCAACCGAAAAUAUCAGACUACAUUGACAGCAAUCAACAUUUGGCUGGGCAACUGGAAUUACUUCGAGGAAUGAACGAGUCUCUUCUGGCAGAACUGAUUUUCCUCCGGCAGCAACAUCAUAAUUAUACAACGGCCUCCCAAUCCACUCCAAGUCCCACCCCAGGCACAGCUCAAGAUUCUAAGGAUAAUCUCGUAAGUCAUUUGAAAGAAGAGAAACAAACCUUGCAAGAUGAAGUACAAAAACUGAAGGAAGAACUUCGGCAAUACCGGAAUUUGGCAGCCUAUAGCCAGAACACUCCUUUGCAUCAUUCAGAGACCACAGCAGUGUGCCCUUCUCAAGAUAAUGUGAAUAUCUACCAUAGCGAAGAGCUUGUACUCCGGCGACGCAUAGCGGAUCUUCAGCAUCAAGUAAGCCAACUUCAAGAGAGCAAUUUGUCACUCUCGGCCCAAUUGGUAGGCGCCAAAACAAGGAUUAGUCAACUGGAAACAGACAAUCACAAGUUGACUGAACAUCUCCAGAACGAAGAGAAUGACGUUGCCUUAAAAAAGUCAGCGAAGAAGGUUUCUCAGCCUUCCGAAGAAGAGGACAACGUUAAAAAUCGAACCCAUAUCGGCGACGUUCAUGCGCAGACGGACACCGAUUCCAGGUCGGAAUCAGUUGGCGGUUCUUUAGGCAAAGAGAAGCGUAAGAAAACAUCAGACCAUUCUCGAAGACAGUCAAGUAAAGAACAUGAAACUCUGAACAAAACCGAACGAGAAGAAAACAUAAUUUCGACGGUGAGCAUUUCCCAGAAUUCUCAGCCGGCAUUAAAAGAAUUGCAUUUUGAAAAUAAAGUUUAUCCGAUCCCCAAGAAAAGCGAAAAAUCUAUCACCGAAACUAAAAGCGUCAUAGAAGCCCAGAACGAUGCCACUCGCAAACAAACGACAUCUGACAAUGGUGCAAAAUUGGCGAAAUCAACAAUCAUACCAUCAACAACGAGCGAUUCGACAUCACUUUUGCUGGCAGCACCAAGCUUACCACAAGUCUAUUCCACAGACCAAGAUUUCCCCAGCGAGGAUUACAGCGAUACUGGAACCGAUGUGUUGCUGCGAGCUGUCGCUCUCGAUAGGAAUAAGCCUUCGUCUCCUGAAAGAAAAGACGAAGGUUGGAACCAUCGGCGCCGGAUGUCUAUAGAUUCAGUUGGUUCCAGUACUUUAACCCAUAGUGACUUUGAGAUGUCAGGUUCAUCUUCAAACCUUGCUACCAUGAAGAAAAGAUCUCAGUCAGUCGAAUUUCGAGGUCAAACUCUCUCUGACCAUUCCAUAGAAAAACCAACUACAAGAGAAGCCCUGAAAACUGUCAAUGGCACCAGAUAUAUGGAUUCCUCUUCAUCUGCUUGGGACAUAGACAAAGCAAAGAAAAUGCCAUAUGUUUCCUCAAACAAAAAAAUCAUCUCAGGCAGCGAAGCCAGUAAAAGGCAAUGGAUAUUUACUCAAGGAAUGCAGCCUUAUAUCCCCCGAUCUUCUGACGAUAUGCAUAUUGGAGAUGUGGUCAAAUUCUCUAAACAAAGUGGCAAGAUAUCGCAAGGCAUUGUGACAUUCAUAGGUCCUCUCUAUGGGCGCAGAGAUAUUUAUAUCGGCAUUGAACUACAAAAAGACGUUCAUAUCUAUCUAUAUCUAUCCAUCUGUUCAAUUAUCCAUCUACCUCAAUCUGUUCAUAUCUAUCUAUAUCUAUCUCAGUCUGUUCAUAUCUAUCUAUCUAUCUAUCUAUCUAUCUAUCUCUGUCUGUUCAUAUCUAUCUAUCUAUCUAUCUAUCUAUCUCUGUCUGUUCAUAUCUAUCUAUCUAGUCUGUUCUAUCUAUCUAUCUAUCUAUCUAUCUAUCUCUGUCUGUUCAUAUCUAUCUAUCUAUCUAUCUAUCUAUCUAUCUAUUUAUCUCAGUCUGUUCAUAUCUAUCUAUCUAUCUAUCUAUCUCUAUCUAUCUAUCUAUCUAUCUAUCAUAUUUAUCUAUCUAUCUGUUCUGUCUGUUUUAUCUAUCUAUCUCAGUCUGUUCAUAUAUCUAUCUAUCUAUCUAUCUAUCUAUCUAUCUAUCUAUCUAUCUAUCUCUGUCUGUUCAUAUCUAUCUAUCUAACUCUGUCUGUUCAUAUCUAUCUAUCUCAUCUGUUCAUAUCUAUCUAUCUCAGUCUGUUCAUUAUCUAUCUAUCUAUCUAUCUCCGUCUGUUCUAUCUAUCUAUCUAUCUAUCUCUGUCUGUUCUAUCUAUUUAUCUAUCUAUCUAUCUCUGUCUGUUUAUUUAUCUAUCUCUCUAUCUCUGUCUGUUUAUAUCUAUCUAUCUCAGUCUGUUCAUAUCUAUCUAUCUAUCUAUCUAUCUAUUUGAGAUGGGGCUGAAAUCUUCCUGGUCUGACUUACUUCCCAAAAUCAAAUAA